AUGAAAGCACCACACUUAGUUAUCCUCUUUGGAGUAGUUUUGCUCCAUAUAUGGGUUGAUGCAGCACCAAACAACCAAACAGCGACGUCGAUGUAUAGCAACACUACUUUGUCUCCGACAUUCCCCACUGCCCCUCCAGCAUGGACAACAACUCCACCAGCAAAUAUCCCUACCAUAACGCUCCCACCACUACCUCCUGAAUUCAGCGACAUGCCUAAAGACAGCAUGUCCUGCUACUCUGCCUGGGCCACUGCAAACGUACGGAACGAAUACAUUGAGGCCAAAAGAGGCGAGUCAUAUGCAUGCUGGGACUCCAGUUUUCCCGCGACAACUACUACAUCAACAUUAGUCUCCGGGCCUUGUUCUAUGAUGCCUGCCAACUGGACAACUCUUUGUGACGGGUACCCUAGGAGAUAUGAUUAUCCUGGCCAAACUUGCAAUAGUACGAGUACGAUUACGUCACUUUUGCCGGCGCACACGGACCGCGCGUGCACAUGGCCGGAGUGGUAUUCCUCGUAUAGAGUCCCGCUACCAACAUGCCAACCCGCGCCGAAUCUGGAGCCGCUGUGUUAUAGACUGCAUUCUGUAUAUUCAUGGCAGACAUCCCAACUUAAAGCAUCCGCGACACUCUCAAGAAACAUAAAUGCAUCCAUUACCUAUCCCGCGUUCGACUACCGCAAAGCCAGACCACCAUGCAAAACACUCAAAGAAACUGCACCUCCAAACCUCCCAUCCCCGCACUGUGCCAUCCAAGUCAACAACUACCAAGUCUUCUUCUGGCCACCUGACACACCCCUCAGUGGCCCGGACAUCUGCAACACCAACUUCACACCUCCACCCGGUACUCGCACCAUCCCCUGGCUCCCCAACACGGCCAUUGUUUCCGGUCUCACUCUCACUUCCCCCUCUGUCUACCACAUGCUAACCGGCAUCACCAUCUACACUUCCAUCGGCAAAUCCCGGGGUGGCCGCUGGGUCGGGGACGUCCCUGUAUGGAACAUCUCGACCACCAUCCCGUCCCCCACCGUUCUUACCCUCCCACAAGAAAUCUCGGAUGUCUGGACCGCAAGACCCACACACUACGGCAGAGGAAUCCGCCACGUGGUCGAGUGGAACUACACGCGUCCUGCAUAUAACCCGUUGUUCUUCGCAACCGCGCCUGCAGACAAGUAUUUCGACUCGUGUAAAGAUACACGGUAUUGCCGUAAAAGUGAUGGAUAUAUCUUACAGGGUAAUUAUAGACAAUGGGCGGCGUUGAAUGUUAGUGAGUUGCUGGCGGAAUGGGAUAGUGAUGAGUUUAGGAAUUGUGAUUGGAGGGAACCGGAGCCGGUAAGGGGGAGGGAGGAUACGAGGUUUUGGAUUGCAGGAUCGGGUCCUUGGGUGGCGCAUGCUAUUGUUACGGAUGCGGGCGAAGAAGAGACGAGUGUGCCGACGCCGGUGCCGGGGGAGACGGGGGAGAUGUUGGUGAUGGCGACGAGGUCAAUUGAGGAGGAGGCACCGGAGGCUACGGAGACGGAGGUUGAGAAUGAAUAGGUUUAUGGGAAGUAACGUGGGUAGUGGGGGAUGUCAGGUCAAGCGCGUGCUUGGAGUGUAAAGGCUUGGAACUUGAGCUCGAAGGCCUCCGUUUAGUCUUUUCGUAGAUAUAAAUACAACCGUGCUUGUUCCC